UUUAGCGCCUCAUCGAUCGUACAAUAACAAGAUAAAGACUAUGUUAACUAUGUAGAUCUAGAGAUCUAGAAUCUCAGUCUGCCUAGAUCAAAAUAUCUUAUUCCCAUGGCUUUUAAAUCAUUCUAGGUCUAGAUCUCUAGAUUUAAUAACUUUUUUUAAAGAAGAAAAAAUAAAAGUCUUAGACUAGUCUAAUAACAACAAAAACAAGGACAAGCAAUCCAGCAAAGCAAUGCGACGGAGAAAGCGACUUCAUGGAGAUUCUGUAUCAGAAGAAAGCGAACACUCAGCUGAGGUCGAAACAGAUGAAGAACAGCCCACACGAAGAACCAGAAGAUCUGCUGCAAUUGUUGUAGGUCAGGCUAGCCCAACCAAAAAAAGAAAAUUGACAAAAGAUACAAGUGAUUCAGAUAAUGAAGAGACAACAGAAAACAAAACAGAAGCGAAAGGUAAGGCUGUGCCCAGAGCCAAGAAAACUGCCAAGACAGCAGUGGCGGUGUGUAGUGAAGAUGUGGACUCAGAAGAUGGAAACUCAUUGCUAGGGCUAACUGAGAGAAGGGCAACUCCAAAAACAAAUUACGAUGAGACAAGUGCCCAUUGCCCUUUACCAGGAUGUGAUUCUAAAGGUCAUUUAAGUGGACGCCAUGAAUCCCACAGAACACUGACAUCUUGCCCCCUGUUUCAUAAUACCACAGCAGAAGAUUGUAAAGUCAGAUAUGAAAAAAGAAUCAAGAAUAUUGAAGACAGAAAAAAAGUAGUUGCUGAAUUAAAAGACAGAAGGGGGCUGCGCCAUCAGGCUUUGAGUGAAAGCCAGAAAUUAAAAUAUGAGAAGAUUACCAAGGCUAGAAACAAAAGGCCAGAAGUUACUGAAGAAGUGAAAGAAAAGCAGAGGAAACAUAAGGAAGAACAUGGAAAUUCUAGACAACCUCUAAUAAGUGGGUUAACAUCAGACUACGAUUAUGAACUGUUUAAAGAAGCACAAUCUCGAGCUUGUGAAUUACUUGAGCAUCAAAUGACUCAACACUUAGCCAAGUCUGACCUUCAGGAAUACCGAAUAAAGAAACUGGAACUGGGCUGCUAUGAAAUGAACACAUGGUACUCAUCACCCUACCCAGAAGAAUAUGCUCGGCUUCCCAAAAUUUAUCUCUGCGAAUUUUGUUUGAAGUAUAUGAGAACAGCAACAAUUUUAAGAAGACAUAUGGCUAAAUGUCUAUGGCGCCAUCCUCCAGGAGAUGAGAUCUACAGGAAAGGAAAUAUUUCUUUUUUUGAAGUGGAUGGCAAGAAAAAUAAGGUUUAUUGUCAAAACUUGUGUCUGCUGGCUAAACUUUUCUUGGAUCACAAAACUUUAUAUUUUGAUGUGGAGCCAUUUCUUUUCUACGCAAUGACAGAGAAUGAUGGCAAUGGGUGUCAUCUUGUUGGCUACUUCUCUAAGGAAAAAAACUCUUUUUUGAACUAUAAUGUUUCUUGUAUUUUGACACUUCCUCAAUACAUGAGACAAGGAUUUGGGAAAAUGUUAAUAGAUUUUAGUUAUCUAUUGAGUAAAGUUGAGGAAAAGGUUGGCUCUCCAGAGAGACCAUUGUCGGACCUUGGCCUUCUCUCCUACAGAAGUUAUUGGAAAGAUGUUCUCCUAGAGUAUUUACACAAAUAUAAAGGUCAAGAAAUUUGUAUCAAAGAUGUGAGUCAAGAAACUGCAAUAAAUGCCAAUGAUAUAGUCAGCACAUUACAAGCCCUGGGUAUGCUCAAAUAUUGGAAAGGAAAACAUUUAGUCCUAAAAAAACAGGAUUUGAUUGAUGAGUUUCUGGAAAAAAAGGCCAACCGGCCUGCAGAGUUUGCAAACAAGGUGAUAGAUCCAUCGUGUUUAAAAUGGACACCUCAUAGCAAAAGAGAUUCUCUAUCUUGAAAAAAAAGUGAGAUUUUUCAUAGCUACAUGAGAUUUCAUUAUCUCACAGUGUGAGACCUCUUAUCAAAAGUCUCUAUUUAACACUGUGUGGCUUUUUUUUUUUUUUCAAUGCUUUUUACCAUUAGACAAAACUGACACUUGAGUACACAGAACAGCAGUGGAGAUACAGAAGCAUUUGGCAAGGAUUAGUUCUGUUACCAGUAAAGCUGUUUUUUAUGUUGUUUGUUUUCACGUACUGUAUCUCAAUUCUUCUGUUAGUAAUUUUUCAAGUUUUAUAUCAUUAUUUGGAGCUAAAACUAUAAUGCAGAAGUGGGCAAAGUUGUGGGGGCACAUGGGGAAUGUUGUUUUUUUUUUUAACUUGUCAUUAGAUAAGAAAUAUAUUAUUUUUCAAUACAUAACAAAAUAACAUUGAUAAUAAUGUCUUCUAGAGUUAGUAAUCUUCUACAAUUACCAGUUACAAUUUUUGGAUAGGAAUAGAGAAUGAAGAAAAGCAUAAUUAUUUUCACCCUGUCAAUGAGGCAUGUAUUUGGAGAGUUGAUCACAGACUAAAAGUUCAUGAUACUAAGAGUCAACCUGAAAGUAACGUCACUCACCUUAGCUUUAUAGUUAAAGAUACUGCAGCAAUAAUAAACUUUAAAAAAAACAAACUUAUCUGUGGACUUAUCCAUUUCUGUCUAGUAUGUAUAGAUCUUUGUCUAGCCUACAAGUCAUUACAUUUUACAUUAACCCAUUACAUUGUUUACUCUAUAUUUUGUUUUAAAGCAGAUGUCAGUUUGAACUAUUUAUAAUCAUAAGUUAUGGGUGUUUUUUUUAGUACUUGUUUAAGUGAUCAUAUAUUCUUUUUGCAUUGCUAAGAACUUACGGGAGAUCUAAUUUGUGUUGAAGAAGAAUGGAGUGGAGCUUCUUUUUACAUCAAGCUGAUUGUUUUAUUUUAGGCUUGUCUCUCCCCCUCCCUUUUUUAUUAUUCAACUUUUAAAAAACAAAUGUUAUAAUUUGGCCUGUAAAUUAACAAAUUGUACCCACCCUUGCAGUAAUGUAAUACUUGACAGGAAAUAUAUACAAAAAUUAUUUUUUUUUUAUGUUUUGAUCUUUAUUGCUUACCUAUAUACAAUAGAAUAAAAAGAAAAGAUGACAUUUUUUUCUUAUUCUCAACUUUAUUAAUAAUCUUUCGUUUAAGUUAAAUGUAAACCAUGUCCUUUGAAUGAAUUUUUAAAUCUUUAUUGACUUCAGUCUAAUGUUACUUAACAUAAUCACUUUGUUUUAUAGUUACUUUAGAGAAAAGUGUUUUGCUAAAUACAAAUAAGAAUGAGUACAGUGCUGUUUACAUCUAGAUUGUGAUAUAAUUUCCAGUAGUUAUAAAUCAUAAUUGUGAUGCCCAAAUGAACAAUAAAAGUAUGUAGCCAAACUA